AUGGAUUGCUGUUCCAAUAAAGUUUAUAUCAAAUCUAAAGCCAAGGCGAAGGAUAAGGAAGGAGAUUACAUCGACCCUGAUGAUUGGGAAGUCAACUCUGAUGAGCUCAAUCGCCCUUUCGACUCUGAUGAUGAAGACAUUUCAGCUCCAAAGAAAGUUAAGCAAAGAGUCAAGAAACAAGGCCGCAAGUUCAAGAAUGAUGUUGACACCAAUGUCAUGAAAGUCAACAUGAGUGCUCUCGAGCCUGAAGACUUCACCACUGGAGACCCUGUGUUCUGUACCAACUGCAGUGCAGUUCUGAAUGUCCACAGCCAUCUUGAGCAACCUGAAGGUGAAGGUGAUGACAACGAAUCUAGAGUCUGGAUCUGAGAGUUCUGCAACAAUAAAAAUGAAAUAAAUUUGGAUGAACAUGAAGUGCCUGACAAAGAGAGGGGUGAGAGCAACCUCAAUUACAUACUUGAGAUGCCUGAAGGCGAAGCAAAUGAGUACAAGCAAGAUGAAGAAGUCAAAGGUUCGGCUGCAACUUCUAUUGAUGAUGCUUCAGAGACACCUCUGAUAUUCUGAAUCGACAUGAGUAGUUCAAUGAAUACGCCAGCAAAUAAAAAUGAUCAGAACCCUAACGCACCUACUAGAUAUGACUGCAUUGCUCAAGGCAUCUGUAACCAGAUAGAAGCAUUCAAAGAGACCAAUAAAAAGAUUGGAAUCGUCUAUUUCUGCAGUUAUGUAGGCAUCUACGGAGAUGGAACUGGCAAACCAAAAGGGAUAAAACCAGGCAAAGCUCUCAACGAUGAAAAGUACUUAUAUGACAGUAUGAAGAAGCUAGCCAUGACUCAUAUGUCCCAGCCAGUCAGCCUUACUCAUGAAAAGCUUACAGCCAUGGUUAAGAAGAUGAAACCUAGAGGAAUGACUGCUCUCGGGCCUGGCGCUCUCACAGCCAUCACCAUGGCUGGUGUUGUAGGAAAUGGAGCCACAGUCGUGAUCUGAACAGACGGACAAACCAACUUAGGUGUAGGAUCCCAAGACGCAUACAAAGAAACUUCUGACUGGAAGGAAAGAGUCGAUAAGUUCUAUGAAGACCUUGCUGAUAAUGCCAAUAAGCAUGGAGUCACAGUCAACCUCAUGAGCCUCAAAGGAUGUUAUUGUAACCUUAACAACUUGAUUGUUCUCAGCGAAGAAACUGGAGGCCAAGUCAACAUCAUUGACCCUCAAGAUGCAAACAAUGAGUUUGAGACAAUGCUACAGGUCAAGCCUAUAGCCACCAACGUCACUGUAAAGGUGAGACUGCAUCAAGCGCUAGAGUUCAAGAAUGAGCUCAGCAAGAAUUUGAGUGCUGACAAAACCCUGAUGACGAAGAAACUUGGGAAUGUAGACUCUCAGACUGAAGUAGCCUUUGGAUACAGACUCAAAGACCCUGAUCAACUUGCUCUCAUCAAAGGCUUCAACAUUGAAGAGUUCAGCAAGAUUCCAUUCCAGACUCAGAUCGAAUACUGCAGACUCGAUGGUACCAAAUAUCUUAGAGUAAUCUCAACAGUUCUUGAGACUUCUCCAGACGCCGAAGAAGUCAAGCAAGAUGUGAACAUAGGUAUUGUAGCUGUGAGCGCAGCCCAGCAAGCAUCAAAUCUUGCUAGAGAAGGACGCUUUAGAGAAGCUCAAGCACUCUCAUACAAUAAAAAGAAGUUCAUCAAGAAAAUUGCCAAGACUGAAGAGGACACUGCAAUGUACAAGGCCUUCAAAGACAGUAUGAAGCAAAUGUACAAUGAAGUAAAUGAGCAAAGGAAAAAAGAAGAUAUGGCCAAAGUCUUACUAAGGAGGAAGAAGGGGCCAGUCUCGCAUCCAGUCAGACCUGUGCAAAGUGAUGCUUUGACAAUGAACGUGUACAAAGCGCGUUCAAUCACGCAUAAUACUUUGUUGAUGAGAACUCAGAAAUAAAUUCAAUCAUGCUGA